AAAAAACUCAAAAACAAAACAGUACCAUUUUUACAAUAAUUUACUAUAACUACACAAUUUUUGUUGAGUUAUACUCUCGGCCAUUGAUCCAAAUCCUUCAAGAAAUCCUCAUUGAUAACAAUGAUAUGCCCAAGAUCAAAGCUCAGGAUUUGUAUCACGUUAUGGAAGAUUUAGAGAUCUUAUAUAAUGGAUUGGAGACUGCAUCUAAAUUUACAUUUGAACCUUCGGUGGAAACCGAAAAAAAGAGCCACUUGAAUCACUUGAUCCGAUUCCUUAAACAGGAAUAUAAUGAGACGAUCGAAAAACAAAAUAAAACGAUAGAAAAAAAGACAGUUUCAUUUGACAUGUUGUGGGUAUUCUACACCAAGGGCUUGGAAGUAUGGUACAAAUGUGAUAUUUCCAGUCAGCAAAUCGGUGGUACCAUUCUUUCAACAGAAAAAGUAGUUAAAACGAAAAAUUUUGAAAAGGUGUCAUUUUUUGUUAUAUUUAUUAAGGUUGUUGAUUAUGAUGGCCAUGGAUUUAAGCAUUGUUAUGUAAAACGCCAAAUCGAAGAAUUUAAUGGAGAAAAAAGUUUCUCUGAUUUAUCAGUUGUUCCAUUCAGAUUUUCUGAAUCUCGCGACUUCCUCAAGGAAACCAUUUAUUGUAUUGGGAAAAAAUUUUUUGAACUUGCAGCAAACAGACAUUUUAUGGAGUAUACGGGCUCAUUGUUUCGUUGGACAAAAGUAAAUGGUUGCUAUGAGAUAGAAGCGAUAAGGGCUGAUGGACGUGUUAUGAUUGAUCUCAAAAGUUUUGCAACCAUGAAUCCUGGCUAUCUAAUGAGAAAUGCAAAACCACCAAAUCCAUGUGAUGUUAAUUUGCUCGGUAAAAAGGGUUACCUCGAAGACUAUGACUAUGAGAAAUCUUAUUGUUUCGCACCUGCGUUAGUGUAUGGAUUCAGUUUCGCAUUGAAGGAAUGGGGCCAAUUCUUGGUCAUGGAUUUCAAUAAAAUUAAUUUUAAUGAAAAUGCUUUCGAGCAUUUGGUAAUGCCUCAAGAUAAAAAAGAAGUACUUUUGGAAUUAGUGAAACAGUACAGCAACCAAACAACCAAUGUAAAACAACUUGAUCCCAUUGCCAAUAAAGGUAAGGGAUGCAUCUUUCUUUGUUAUGGCCCACCUGGCACCGGGAAAACAUUAACAGCUGAAAGUGUAGCUGAACUUCUUAAACGGCCAUUAUGGACGAUUGGCGUGCAUGAACUUGGAACGGAUCUUGCAAAGAUGGAACAACAAUUAGUUAAGAUUCUAAAUAUUGCUUUUACAUGGAAGGCUGUCCUCCUACUUGAUGAAGCUGAUAUCUAUUUUGAAAAACGUACCUCGGGUAAUGCAAAGCGUAAUGCGAUGACUGGUAUAUUUUUACGUCAUCUAGAAUAUUAUCAAGGUAUCCUUUUCUUAACAACAAAUCGUGUUAUGAGUUUUGAUGAUGCUUUCCGUUCAAGAAUUACUAUGUGUUUCCAUUAUCCAAAACUCGUUCCAGAGAAAAGGAAAGAAAUUUGGAAAAAUUUCAUCGAUGGUGCCGGCUUGGAUCUCAAUGCAGAUGAUUUUUCUAAAUAUGAAUUGAAUGGACGAGAAAUUCGUAAUGUUCUUCAUAUAGCACAAACGUUGGCCGAAGGUAAUAAUGAAGGAAUUACUAAAGAUCAUGUGAUCAAAGUUAUUAGGAUAGCUCAGGAAUUUCAGGAAGAUAUGGAAAAAAUGAAAUCAAAAUUAUUUUUAGAAUAA